AUGACUGUAAUGCACAGUGGUGGUGCUGGAGGAGUGCUGAGCCGCUGAAGAGAGGCAUCUCAGGGAGACUGCAGAGCUCCUAGCCCAUCUGCCUGACAGCUAUAAAACUGACUCAAGUUGACUUGGGAUAACCGCUAAGCAGCCUCCUCCUUGCUGGAAGCUGAAGGCUCUUGGCUGCCCUUUUGAAGUCUGAGGAGAGGGGUGGGGGAGAAGACGGGAGGAGAGAGAAAGUGUGUGUCUGCAAUUUCUGCACCUCCUCCUGCUCUGCUCCCUCUCAGUUUCGCCCCAGUCCUCCACCGACCAGAGCCUGUUGCACCUGGACCCUUGCAGCAUCUUUUCCCCCCCCCGCACUUGAAAAAGCAAGCAUCUGGCUGUCUGGCUGGCUCUCACAUUCUCCAAGGUAGGUUUUUUCUUUUUUUCUUUUAAAAAGAAACUCAAAUUUCCUUUUUCUUUUGCUUGUUGGUGUGUGUGUGUUUCAUGUUUAAUUGCACCCACUUCACAGAUUCCAAACACACACACACACACACUUUCCUGCUAAAUGGCUUUCAGGGGAAAACAUCUUUGCAUUUUUGGUUGAGACAGAGCUUUUCUUUAGGUGCUGUGUGAGGCAGGAGGCUGUUAUAUAAUACGAGUGUAGCGAUCCCAGAAUGGGCAGCCACCUUGACUUUUUCCCUUCUGUGUCCUGCUAAGUGCAUUUCCUUGGAAAGUCCUCCCUGCCCCCAAAUAACCAAAGCCAGAGAGGCAUUUUGGAAUCACUGUUCUGCUGAUGGGGGUUUUCUUAUUUAAUAUAUAUAGAAGUAGAAACAAUAGGCUUUCCCCCCCCCUUCCCCUCCUUCUCCAGUCUUUUGGACUGAAUGAAGAAUAAUUAUUUGGCUGGCUUUGGACCAGAGGUGGCUUGAAGCUCUAAUGGAAACCAAGUGCUCUGGGUAGGUUUCAGCCACCUGUCCCCAGGAUGCGCAGUCAAUAAUUUUGGGGAUUUAAAUUUAAUUGGUAUGGAUUCUGAGCUUUGGGAAACCAAGUGCAGUGAAGCCCACAAACUCUCCUUUCUUGGACAUUUUGAAGCAGAGGUUGGGUGGCCACCUGCCAGGCAAUAUUUGAUUGUGAUUCCUGCUUUGCAAGGGGGUUGACUAGAUGGCCCUUGGGGGUCCUUCCAACUCUAUUAUUCUAUGAAAAUUGACACCGUGAAAGGGUGGAUGAAAAUAUGAUACUCUGUUGGGACUCCACUGGACAAAAACCUUGGCCAUCUCCAUGGCCAAAAGCAGGGCUGGCCUGUGGGUCUAAUUAAUUAAUUUAUAAUCUGCUGAUCACAUUUAUAUCCCACCUUCAAGGGGGCAUACAUAGUUCUUUCCCCCAUUUUAUCUUCACAACAAUCUUGUGAGGUAGUUUAUUGGCUGAGAGAGAUGUAGACUGGCCUCCAAGGUCACUCAGUCAGUUUCAUGGCUGAGCUAGUCCAACACUCUAGCCACUGCACCACCUAUGUAGAUGUCUGGUCUGGUAGGGAGAGGGUUGGUUCUGAGCAUUGCCAGUUUUUCCUUCUGUGAAAUGGGCAUUUUGUGAGGCACAUGACAGCUUCUUAGAUUUCCAGAUGUACCCCCCCCCCCGAGGCCCAAAAGGGUUAGAGACCCCUGCUGAUGUGAAGAACGGGGGUGUGGUUUUUAUGAAGGAUAGAAAAGGUGGGAUAAAAUAGAUGUUUAGAAAAUUAGGCGCUAAAAUAACUGAGACACAGGGACCAGCACCAGGGUUGCAUCAAAGUAAGUUCUGCCCAGAGUAGAGGCAUUGAAAUGAAUGAAAUGAAUUCCUGCUGGAGGAUGGGUCAGUUGACCAACUGGGAUCCCUUCCAAAUCUACCAUUGUACAAUUCUAAUAUUCUACAAUUCUCAGACAGCCAUGUUCAUUCAUUUCAUUGCAUCUGCUCUGUAAAUGACUAAUCCAUGGCAGCUUCCCUGGGAGGGCAUGACAUGGGCAGUCAAUGGGCCCUGCUCAGAGGAGCUCUGUGCUUUUGGGUGUAAUAAGAGCCUGGUGGAUCAGGCCAAUGACCCACCUAGUCCAGCAUCCUGCUUGCAUAAUAGCCCACAAUAUGCCCCAAAUGGGAAGCCUGCAAGCAAGACCUAUGUGCAACAGCACUCUCCAGUUAUGUUUCCCACUGUCUGAUAUUCAGAGAUAGACUGCCCCAAGGCAUGGAGGUUCUGCCAUCACAGUACACCUCCACAUGGAGAGCCUGCUGGAUUGGAUCAAUGGCCCAUCUAGUCCAGCAUAUUUUUCUUACAGUGAAUAAUGGGGUACUCAUUAUGGGAAACCCACAAGCAGGACCUGAGUGCAAAAGUCCUCUCCCCUCCUGUGGUUUCCAGCAACUGGCGUUCAGAAGCAUUACUGCUUCCGACAGUGGAAGUAGAACAUAGCCAUUGUGGUUAACGGUCACUAAUAUCCUUAUACAAUCAUAGAAUCAUAGAAUUGUCAUUUGGAAGGGAUCCUGAAAGUCAUCUAGUCCAGCCCCCUGCAGUGCAGGAAUCCUGGGUGGGCUUGAACCACCUGCCUCCAACAAAGUUCUUUUAAAGCCACCCAAGUUGGUGUCCAUUACUGUCUCUUGUGGCAGCAAAUUUCAUUGUUUAACUAAGUGUUGUGUGAAGAAGUAUCUUAUCUUGUCUGUAAUGAAUCUUCCAAGAUUCAUCUUCAUUGGGUGGCCCCACAGGGUUCUAAAUGUUACAAGAGAGGGAGGCCAUUUUCUUUGCCUGCUCUUGUACACUUCUAGCAGAUCCCCAUACAAAGUAAUACAUUCACACCAUACUUUUAAAGCAGUGUGAUACUGCUUUAUGCAGUCAUAAAGGUAAAGGUAAAGGUACCCCUGCCCGUACGGGCCAGUCUUGCCAGACUCUAGGGUUGUGCGCUCAUCUCAGUCUAGAGGCCUGGAGCCAGCGCUGUCCGCAGACACUUCCGGGUCACGUGGCCAGCGUGACAAGCUGCAUCUGGCGAACUAGCGCAGCACACAGAAUGCCGUUUACCUUCCCGCUGGUAAGCGGUCCCUAUUUAUCUACUUGCACCCGGGGGUGCUUUCAAACUGCUAGGUUGGCAGGCGCUGGGACCGAACGAUGGGAGCGCACCCCGCCGCGGGGAUUCGAACCGCUGACCAUGCGAUCGGCAAGUCCUAGGCGCUGAGGUUUUACCCACAGCGCCACCCGUGUCCAUUUAUGCAGUCAUGGAUUCCCCCAAAGGAUCCUGGGAACUGAAGUCUGUUCAGGGUGCUGAAAGUUGUUAGGAGACCCUUCUGUUUCCCUCUGAGAGAGAGAGCUACAGUUCCCUCAGUGGUUUGCACAUUCCAUCUUCCCAGGGAUCUCUGGGAAUUAUAGUUUGGGGGCAGGCGGGAAUAGGGGUAUACUAACAACCCUCAGAACCCUUAACAAACCAAGAUACUUUCAGGGAAGCCAUGGCUGUUUAAAGCAGCAUGCUACUGCUUCAAAUGUAGGGUGAGGAUUUGGAUGUUGGAAGAUUCAGGGCAGAUGAAAUAAAGUCUGUCCUCACACAGCACAUAUUUAAACUGUGGAACUCCCUCCUACAGGAGGCAGUGAUGGCCACCAAUGUACAGUCAUACCCUGGGUUACGAAUGCUGCGUGUUGCGCAUUUUCGGGUUGCGGACCACGCCGAACCCGGAAGUACUGGAAUGGGUUACUUCUGGGUUGCGGCACUCGCGCAUACGCAGAAGUGCAAAAUGACAUCACACACAUGCGCAGAAGCGCUAAAUCGUAUCACGUGCGUGUGCAGACACGGCGCUUCAGGCUGCGAACGCUGCAGGUUGCAAACGUGCCUCCCGCACGGAUCAUGUUCACAACCGGAGGUAUGACUAGAUGGUUUUAAAAGAGGAUUAGACAAAUUCAUGGAGAAGGAGGAGGCUACAGCCAUUAAUGCUUUCGAAUACCAGUUGCUGGAAACCACAGGAUGGGAGAGUGACGCUUAUCUUCAAGGUUGGGCACCUUUAUGAGGCAUCACCUUCUGUUCACCCGGUGAGGGACAUGGAGUUGUGGGGUUUUCCCAGGCCAGCACAAACCCCAAAAUUGGCUUCGCACCAGCCCAGGAAAUGGAUUACAACCUGCCUGCCAAUUGGCCAACCGCAGGCAGGCUGACCAAAGGCUCUAACCCUGGAGCAGAUUAGACUGGAGCCAGCAGGCUUUACUCUGGUCCACAGUUUGGGAAUUUAAACCCAUCCAGCCUCCACCUCCUUGUCCAGUUCCUAGUUGGAUCUCCCAUCACCUCUCCUUUUUCUUUGGCUCUUGGGCUCUGCAUGACCUUGCUAGGGACUAUUGUUGGUCACCAUAUUCGGGGCCAGGCAGGAAUUUGUCAGACUGAUUCAGGGCCAGGCAGACUAACUGGAUCUGUCCUUAGGUUUUGCCUGCCUCAUAGCAAUUGUCACAACUUUGGUGGUUAAGGCAUUGAGUAAACUUGAGUCUUCAUUGGAGGGGAGGUUGUAGCCUCUGCCUGCCUCUCCAAUUUUCAGGGGUAUCUUGUUAAAUGAAUCUGAGAGGAGUUGCUUUUGUCCUGAAGCUCAGGCAGGAGCUAGGGCCAUAGCACUCCUCAAGGUGACCACCCCUGUGUCGUAGGAGUUGACCUCUUCAGCUAGGGGUGACCCCUACGGGUAUACCCCAAGAGGCAGGCGGGCUGACAGUUCAAAUAGUUAUACCCAAUGCCUUGCCAAAAGUUGUGGGCUGAUUUGACCCAAAAUAAUGUGUGCUUUCUUGGGAGGCGGAUAUGAGUGCCAGGGGUGCCUGGUUCAUACAAUGUUUGAAUCUUGCUUAUAGGUUUCUCACUGGGGCAUCUGUUUGACCACUAUGAGAACAGAAUGCUGGACUAAACGGGUCAUUGACCUGAUCCACCAGUCUCUUCUUAUGUUCUUUUUUAAUUUUUUAAAUCUUGGAGUCAUGGAGUUUGCCCAUUUGCUACAGACAAGCUGGCUGUCCUCCCUGCUGCUCCCCAAUGGGUGUAGGAUGGUGGCAGCAGCCUCUGGCUGCCAGAAUGGUAUUAUGGCCUUUCUUGCUUUGGAGGCUCUGAAGCCGCCUUCUUUGAGAGCCUCCAGAAGAGUUUGAACACCUAAGGACAAUCAUCUCCCCAUUGCUGAGCCUCACGGAUGCCUGUUCUGAGCUAGUUCUUCCCCACAGUCUCUUGUUCCAGUCCUCCAAAAUCUCAUUGCCUGGCUGGAACAGGACACCAAGCGACUCAGACACAGUCUGAACAUCCGUGCAGCUUUAAUAUAAUCAUCCAGCUUGGGAAAAUCCAGCACCUCCACUCCUGGCAGGCGGAGAGGCGGGGAUGAGUAGGAAAUUCGCGCUCUCCAGGCAGCCAAAGAAAGUGGGGAGUUGGGGGAAGAAGCCAGCACUACUCUGAAAGGCUGAGUUUUCUUAGAAAGGGGAAUCCUCGGUGUCUCUUCUGUAAGACGGAGGAGGAGGAGCCCAAAGAGGGAAGGGUAAGUGGUGGGCAAAUCUGUCAAUUUCACUUUAUUUAAUACCCAACAUUUCUUCCAAGAUGCUCAUGGAGGUGGUACAUAGUCCUCCCUCUCCCCAUUUUAUCCUCACAACAACCCUGUGAAGUAAGUUAGGCUGAAAGGCAGUUACUGACCCCCCCCCCCAGGUCACACCCAGUGAGCUUCAUGGCCCAGUAGGGGCAUUUGAAUUCUGGUUUCCCAGGUCCUAGUCCAACACUCUGACCACUACAAUCCACUGCACUGGCUCUUCCUCUCAAUUUAUCACUUUUCCAAUCUUAAGUUCAGUCAAUCUCCAGAUUUGUUUGCUAUUUUUAAAAAAAGUUCUCAUGAAAAGUUACCAGCACCUUAGUACAUAUUUUCCCUAAUAGACACAUAUUUGUAUAUAGUUUUCCCUCAUCUACACAUUUACACAAUGCAGUUUCUCCCAAUGUUUUCUCCCAAUGUUUUCACUAAUACAUGCAUUUUUAAUGCACACUUUUGCUUUAAUAUAUGCAUUUUGGGACAUAUUAUUCGGCUGGAGAACUACACUGCAAGACAAUUUUGAAGGAUGGCUGCAUGUUUUGGAAAGCACUGAUUUGGUAGGGUUGUCUUUAAAUGCAAAUUGAGUCGACUUUUUCCUCCAUCCCUGGUCUGGAAGCACCCAUUUUUCCACAUUUCCAUCCAGUGAGAGGGCAGUGAUUCCUGACCUCAUUCUGAAUUGGCUCUGUGAUGACACCCUGUCAGAGGAGUCGGGUAAAGGUAAAGGGACCCCUGACCAUUAGGUCCAGUCGUGACCGACUCUGGGGUUGCGGGGCUCAUCUCGCUUUAUUGGCCAAGGGAGCCGGCGUACAGCUUCCGGGUCACGUGGCCAGAGGAGUCAGAUUUCCACCCAAAUCCCUCAACAGAACUACCCUUUUUAAUGAGGGGGACCUUGGGGUUUCCUAUUCAAAGCUUUUCUCAGAGCAAGGGGAGAAAUUCAUUGCAAAUUUCGCACCACUGAAACUCCAUGCUUGGACGAAGCGGAGGUGUCUUAAUAGAAUGCCCCCACCUGGAAGACAAGCAGAAUGGCAGUUCCAAGAGGGCAGCUUGUGUAGGGGUCCCCCACACCACAUUGUGAUGGGGCAAUUAUUUAUUUGACAACAUUUAUAUGCCACUUGAUUGUAAACCUCUAAGCAGUUUACAAAAAAAAUAUUAAAAUUAUCAGUAAAAAUGGUUAAAAAACUUUUUAGAUAAUACAAAUCAAUGGGGGGGGGGGGAGAGAGAGAGAGAGAGAGAAUAAAACAUGUCAACAUCUAUGUGCCUAAACAAAAAUGUUUAAAGCAGGCACCGAAAAGAAUACAGUGAAGGUGCCUGCCUGGCGUCAACAGGCAAGGAGUUCUGAAGUGCAUGUGUGCCACACUGAAAGAUCAAUUUCUCACAAUUGUGGGAAUGAGUAUCAUGUGGCACCUCUAACAGUGUCAGUUCUGCAGAACGAUGAGCACCUAUGGAGCAAGAUGGUCCUGCAGUGAUGACCAAAUUCCUCAGUGCUUGUUUCCUGCCAGAUUUUUCAUUCCUUCAUUUCAUAAAAUUUAUAUACUUCUUUUUUGUUAUUUUUAAAAAAUACACAUGAAAGCAGUUUAAACCUGCUUCAUAGAAACAUAGAAUUAUAGAGUUAGAAGGGGACCCAAAAGACAAUCUAAUCCAAUUCUGAAAAAAUUCAAUCUUUGCUUCUUGCUUUCUUAGGAUGAAGAGAAUCAAGGGGACCUGGGAGUGCAGCUUUAUUGGCGACUGCACUCACCUGAAAGGGGCUCUUGCAUUCGCACUCUUCAUAGGGAACGUUGCCCUGGUGAUAUCACAAGUGAGAAUUUUCUUCAUUCACAAAUGUAUUAAAAAUAUCCAUAUACCACCAGGUAUGCUAGCACCUCCAGGUGCUGCCCAGUGACAAUGUGUAAAAUGCAAUACAAGCAGUGGUCUAGUGGUUUGGGGGUUACCAGAGGGGGUGUGUGUCAAAGACCUGUUACUAUUUCUGCAACAGCAUCCCAGAAGGCUCCCUGUCUCCAGGAUCCUUGAGCAGACCAAUCAGCAUGAAAGGGGAGGUUUGUUUAGCCACUGGGAAGAAGCCUUCUUGCCCUUUGCACUAAUUGGAUCCAGUCAGAGUGAAAGGAGUUGAGUCAGCCCUGAGAAUGGGAUCCUGGGGCCCCUCUGGAUAAGGUACAUGGGAGGAACACCAAAGAGUUUGCUCUGUAAGCUGAAAAGCUAAGCAUUUAGGAACAUUGAAAAGACAACGGAAGGAAUGCUUCCGUGUCAAGAGAAUGGGGUACAAGUUCUGUUACGUACAAUGGCACUUCAAUGAAAACACAGCUUAAGUCACUCUGAAAGAAGAUUUUGGAGCACUCCAAAUGAUUUGUCCACAUACAUGCACAGAAAAAUAGCAGAUUUAGCUGAAAGGAAACACAUAGAGAUCUGCAUUGAUCAUUGUAAUGCAUCCCUAAUUAUUACUGUUGUAUAAUUAUAAAGUUGUUGUAUAAUCUUAGAAGGGGGCCUGGCUAUGACUCUCAUGAAGGAACCCUGCACUUCUGAAUUUGCCACUACAGUACACUACUGAAUGCAAGUACAGAAUAUGCAAUACAAUUUAAAAUCGGACACAAAUGAAGCAGUCAAGAUGUACUGAAAAAUGACAGUGGCAGGCAUGAAGAAUCAGUGUGUGUCAAAAGGGUGAUAGCUCAGUGGUAGAGCCCCUGCUCAGCAUGCAGAAGGUUCCAGGUUCGGUCCUCAAUGGCACCCUUGCUACGCCAUGGUGAAACCCUAUUCUGAAACCUUGGAAAGACACUGUCAGUGAGUGCAAGCAGUACUUUGACAGAUAAACCAAGGGUUUUACUCUUUAGGCAGAUUCCUAUGUCCCUACCUAUAUCUGCUGUCAGAUGCAGAAUUAUGAGGACUAGAAUCUUACUUUAUGUUUAGCUGAAGGAGCAACUGCUGAGUGGCAGAGUCCCUGCUUUGCAUGCAGGAGGUCCCAGCUUCAGCCUCCAGUGGCAUCUCUACGUAGGAUGAAUGUCUCCUAUCUGAAAUCCUAGAGAACCUCUGCCAGUCCAUGUCAAAGAUACUGAGCAGGAUGUGCCAGUGGUCUGACAUGGCUGCUCUGCACAAGUAUGUGCUAAAUACGAGCAACCCAUAAACGGGGGCUCCUGUCUUCAGUGGGGGAAGGAAAUGGAGAUGUAGCUGCCAGACGGGCAUGAAACCUCAAAUGAACUGAAGUAGGACAAAAAUGGGGAAAGAAUUGGUUUCAGCAGCUGAACCAUGUUUGUUGAAGUAUCCCUUUAACCAAUCAACUCAUCUCGCCUCUAAUUUAUCUUCUUUGCCCCUAAAUGGCAAACAGGAGAACCUUCAGGCGUCCAACAGCCUUGAGGAAGGCAGCGACAUCACUGCCCACUGGUGGGGCGAGUGGACCAAGUGGACGGCUUGCACCCGGACGUGUGGGGGAGGAGUCAAAUCCCAAGAGAGGCACUGCUUGCGGCAGAGGUAAACCCCUUGCUCCAAUGAACUCAUCUCACCCCCCCCAUCCUCUGAACAAUAAAACUUUCCCAUUGGUUCCGAAGGGAGCAUCUCAGGCAGCCUCCCUCGAAUCAGGUGCCCUUAAGGUUGAACCAGGGCUGAUGGGAGCUGUAAUCCAUAGCCAUCUGGAUAGGGCUUCCUGGUGAUUUGUUGCAGGAAGGUUAACAUUUUCAGCCAAAGGAUCACUGUCCCCUUGAAGGGAACCUUCAGAAAGGUGGGCAUGGCCAGGACAAAAGCAGGCAGGUUAGUGGCUGUGAUUCUUACCAUUGUGUAGCCAGAUAAAUUCCAGCUGCACACAGCACAGAAGUUCCUUUUAUAUGCAGACGUAUCUUUCCAUCCCCCAUCCAGGUAAGAAAGAGGCAUUAUCCCAGUUCAAAAACACUAUUCCAACCAGGCAAAUGCACUGAAGGAGGCAGCGAAGCAGGGGUAUCAAGAGAGGUUGUGUGUGUAGCCUUGGGAGAAUUUUAAGGGCCACAUAAGAGGUGACAUGGGACAUGGGUGGUGCUGUGGGUUAAACCACAGAGCCUAGGACUUGCCGAUCAGAAGGUCGGCGGUUUGAAUCCCCACAAUGGGGUGAGCUCCUGUUGCUCGGUCCCUGCUCCUGCCCACCUAGCAGUUUGAAAGCACAUCAAAGUGCAAGUAGAUAAAUAGGUACCGCUCUGGCGGGAAGGUAAACGGUGUUUCUGUGUGCUGCUCUGGUUCGCCAGAAGUGGCUUAGUCAUGCUGGCCACAUGACCAGCUGUACGCCGGCUCCCUCGGCCAAUAAAGCGAGAUGAGCGCCACAACCCCAGAGUUGGUCACAACUGGACCUGAUGGUCAGGGGUCCCUUUACCUUUAUUCUUGCUGAUAUUUGUAAGCCAUUCUGGGGCCCUUUCUUUUGGAUGAUAAUGAUGCGUUUCAUUUUUCGCUUGACUUGAUCCUGUUUCCUUUUCUUUCUGUGUUUAGAAAGAAGUCCAUGACGGGGCUCGCUAAUAAAACAUGCACUGGGACAUCAAAAAGAUACCAGCUAUGCAAAGUGCAAGUAAGAGGAGCAUUUUCAUGCUUUUUUAAAAUUAUUACUGAGAUGCAGCUUUCAGUCUUAACUAGCAAGGUACAGAUUCCAUGCAGCUGUAGAAAAUAUGAACCAGCUACCACCACUAUUUCAACUCAGGCCACCUUCACACCAUACAUUAAAAGUGCUAUGAUGCCACUUUAAACAGCCAUGGCUUCCCCCAAAUAAUCCUGUUAACGUGUUGAGAGUUGCUUGCAAACCCCCAUUCCUCUCCCAGAGCUACAGUUUCCAGAGUUCCAGAGUGUGAAGAAGAAUUGGUUGUUAAGCCACUCUGGAAAUUGUAGCUCUGUUCUCAGGAUUCUUCAAAGCCUUAAUAAUAUGGUGUGGAUAUCAUCAUCAUCAUCCUCGAUUAGUAGAAAUAGGAACCUUCCUAAUGCCAGUUGUUGGAAACCACAGGAGGGAAGAGGGCUCUUGUGCUCAGAUCCUGUUUGCUGGUUUCCCACAGGCAUCUAUCUGGCCUCUGUGAAAAGAGGUUGUUGGACUAGAGGAGCCCUGGCCUGAUCCAGCAGGCUGUUCUGGUGUUCUUUUAUUAGCCUGUAACAGUCCCAGGAUCUUCCUGAUUCCCUUGCACAUUUGGGUUUUGACAGCCCACCAUCAGUUCACCCACAAGGGCGGGAAAAGCCUCUGGAAUGUAGAAGCAGAUUCUCCUUCUCCUCCACCUCUUCCUCAUCUGGACUUGUCUCUUCCUUUUCCAGCAGUGUCCCCCGAAUGGCAGGAGCUUCCGGGAGCAGCAGUGCACAUCCUUCAACUCCCACAUGUACAACGGGCGGACGUAUCAAUGGAAGCCAUUGUAUCCUGGUAAACAAGGAGGCCUUUUGUCCAGGCGCUUUUGAUAAGGCAAAGCUUACUCUCACCCCACCUCAUCCAAAAAAGACAGAAAGACAGGCACACACACAGACAGAGAGAGAGAGAGGAUUUGAAAUGAAUGGAGUUCUCUUCUGUUCUAGGAAGGAGGCUCCAACCAGAUUUUAUCAGAGGAGCAAAGCUCCCCACCCACAUCUUUCCCUGGGCUCAAAGGCAGUUGCAACAGCUGCUUUGAAAUGACAAGAAGGGAUCAGGGGAAGCAUUGUGAUGAACUAGGACUGGGUCAAAUAUCCACUAGUUUCUAAUGCAUAUGCAGAAAUGACCCUAUCUGACAGCCAGUCAUGAACUUGCUUAUGGGUUGCUGUUGUUGUUAUUUAAAUUGAUUAGUUGCUUUCUCUCUUUUAGCGACUUACAACAAACAAACAAACCCCCGUAGAUACAUUAAAACAUCCCACCCACUCUAAAAGGCCCUAGAUAGUUAAGAGCUAAAGGCUUGGUUUAAAAGGAAUGUUUUUGUCUGAAGAUAUAUAUAAUGAUGGCAUUAGGCAAGCCUCCUGGAGAGAGCACUGCACAAGCAGGGAGCCACCACUGAAAAGGCCUUGUUCACGUGUUGCCACUAUCUGGGCUUCCUGUGGAGGCAGACACAUGAAGAAGAGCCUCAGAUUAUGAUCAGAGGUUAGAACGCCACUUCAAGGUAGAUCAAAUACUUUUCCAUAUUUUGAGACGCCACCUCAGUGUGUGAAAAGUGCACUCAAAAAUUUGUGUUAUUUACAGAUGUGAUGCAUCCAUAAUGUGUACUUUAUGGGGAAGCACACUGGAAAAUACCUAUUUGGAGGAAAUUUGUUCCAUAAUGCGUAUAAUAAUGUGCAUAACAAGCACAUUUUAAUUUUAAAGGCAGAAGUUUCAUGGGUUCCCUCCCCCCCAAACAAAUCUACACAAAACAGAGUAGGGCAGGCUUUCAACUGAGUAACAGUGAAAAUGAAAUGGGAUGUCCUAGCCACCAUGGAGACUAUGCUCUUCCUUCACAGUCAGAGGCAGUAAUGUUUCUGAAUGCCAGUUGCUGGAAACCGAAAGAGGGAAGAGUGUUCUUCUGCUCAGAUCCUACUUGCUGGUUUCCCAUUGAGGUAUCUGGUCUGCCACUGUGAGAACAGGAUGCUGGACUAGAUGAGCCCCCUUUGGUGUGAUCCAGCUGCAGAGCUCUUCCUAUGUCCUGAUGUUAUGCUAUACUUUCUACCCCACAAUGAUGGAUAUUUUGCUGGUGACAUUUAAUAAGCAACUGCGUGGAUUUGUGUGUGAGCGUGUGUGUGUGUUUGGUCAGUGUGUGCAAUAUCAUUUGUCCUCCUAUCUCCAGAUGACUAUGUCCACAUCUCCAGCAAGCCCUGUGAUCUCCACUGCACAACCAUCGAUGGUCAAAGGCAGCUCAUGGUCCUGGCUCGGGACGGGACGUCCUGUAAAUACUCCGAUUUCCGUGGGGUUUGCGUUUCUGGAAAAUGUGAGGUUGUUAAACAUUAUAGCAACCAUAUUGUCAGCCCAGGGGGUGGGGGAGAUGGGACAAGAAGAGGGGGACACACAAAUGACCCUGUUGUGGGGAGCCCAGAAUCUGGGAGAUGGGUGCUGACCAGUGGGGAACUGCAUGGCCAUUGUGGGGUGAAGUUGCAUUAGAGGCUGCUGGAAUUUGUAGUUCUGCAGAGUAUUCCCUCGCGUCAACUUCCACUCUCAGCAUCUGUAAAGAUCCCAGGGGAGAAAACCUCCAGGAUAGGCUUCUUCCAGCAACAUUAGUGAGGAAGUGAUGGGUGGGCAAGAUCUCUAUUGCACCACAUGUCCAAGAAGUGAAAUAGCAGCCAGCAACCCCUCCUUCUUACCUGUUGGCCAAGGUGACAUUGAAUAUCAUUUGAUGUGGGGCUUGGGGCACAGGAGGGUGUCUUGGACCAGGAGCAGAGAGAGAGGAUCUGAGCCAGGAGGACUGGAAGCACAGCCAGCUAGUGAGGAUCUCUUUGGUCCGUGUGUGUGGCAAUGAUGGCCCCCAACUUGGAUGGCUUUGAAAGAGGGUUGGGGAAAUUCAUGGAGGAGGAGAAUGCUACCAGUGACUACUAGCCAUGAUGGCCAUGCUCUGGUCAGAGGCAGUAUUGCUCCUGAAUGCCAGUUGGGCUUCUUCAUUCUACAUUGGAUUACUUUGGCCUGAUCCAACAGGCUUUCUUAUGUGAUGGUGGGGAAGGCUACCCAUAGCUACUACCUCCUGUGCUUCAAGGCAACAAGGGUUCUGAAUACCACUUGUUGGAAACUGUAAUGGGGAGAGGGCUCUUGUGCUUACGUCCUGCUUGCAGGCAUCCCAUUGGGGCACUGGUUGGCCACUGUGAGAAGAAGAUCUGGACUAGAUGGGCCACUGGCCUGAUCCAGCAGGGAUCUUCUUGUGUUCUUAUGUGUGGAAACAAUGUGUGUGUGUGUGUGUGUGUGUGUGUGUGUGUGUGUGUGUGUGCAUUGAAUGUGGGUGAGACUGUGCGGGGUGGGGGUGGUGAGCAUAUAAGUGUAUGUGAAUGAGUGUGAAUAGGGAAGUGGGAUGUUUUAAAAAUCCAACCAGUUUUUUGGGGGGGGUGGGGUGGGGAGGAGAAACAUUAAAUAAAAAUAUUUUUGCUCCCUGCCAGGGAUGGGGCUGGUCUCACCUUUGGGAGUCAACUCUGCAAUGGUGGGCAGGGUUUGGGUUUGGGGGGAUGUCACAGUUAAGGCCCCAUCUUGCAUUCCCACCAGCCAGAGUACUUUUCAUGGUGGGAGAUGUGGUGGGGCUUCUGAAGACAAUUUCAGCCUGCAGGCUGCUUCAUACAGGAGGAGGCUGAUCUUUCAGAUAUCCUGGCCCUGAGUCAUUUAGGGCUUUGUAGGUAAGCAUCAGCACUCUGAACUGGACCCAGAAGCCAGAGCAGUUUGCUUGUGAUUUAUUGAACAAUCUUCCAUUCCUCCUUUUUAAAGAGAAGCUGAGAAGGCCCUAGCUCAGUGAUAGAGCACCUGCUUUGCAUGCAGAAGGUCCCAGGUUCAAUCCCCAGUGGCAUCUCUAGGAUAGAACCCCUACAUGAAACCCCGGAAAGCUGCUGCUGGUCAGUGUAGACAAUGCUGAGCUAGAUGGAUCAAUGCUCUUCAGUAGGAAGCAGCUUCCUUUGUUCCCAGGAAGGGCUGUAACUCAGGCAAAAAGCCCUCCCCUCGGUCACCACCAAUUGUACUCAGGUCAGCAUAAUGUUGUGAAAUAGGUUGCAGGGAAUGCCACCAGCAACUGGUUGGCCAGUGUGAGAAGAGGAUGUGGACCGGAUAGGCCUUUGGUCUGAUCCAGCAGGACUCUUCUUAACUGAUAGCUGAGAAUGGAACCUCCAGGCCCAGAGGCAGCUGAUUGGAUUCACAGGUGGGGAGAGCUGUUGUUGUUCUCAGGUCCUGUUUACAGGAUUCCCAUUGGUUUGGCCAUUCUGAGAACCGGAUGUUGGACUAGAUGGGCCUCCUCUGGCCUGAUCCAGCAGCCAGACUUUUCUUGACUUAAUGUUGCCUUGGCUGUUUGCAUCCCAUCACAGCCUUCUUCCACAGGUCUGUUUAGAAGGCUCUAACACCCCAACAUUUUUAGUUUGUUCAGCCUGAUUCUGAUGCGGAUCUAUGACUAUGUGAUAUUUACAGGGGCUUCGUAACAUGAAGGGGUAGAACAGAGGGCUCUCCAUCACACACAAUGUCGCUGGCCCUGAGAUUACUACUGCCAAACACACAGAGACACAGCCCAAAGUGUCAGCAUGAUAUUUGAAUUGCAGUGACUGUGCCCCUCUACCUGACCAUUGACACUCUAUUUUACACUGUUUCCAGCCUAUUGGAUGUGACGGGAUCCUGUUCUCAACUCACACGUUGGACAAAUGUGGUGUUUGUCAAGGAAAUGGGAGCAGCUGCACUCAUGUCUCCGGGAGUUACAGAAAGGGAAAUUCACAUCUUGGUAAGGCUGGAGGGGUAUUUUGUUCUUAUGGGGUAAGCCUUGCCAAUCUUUGAGCAAGAUGCAAUCGUGGGCAGGUGAAUUUGUGCAUGAUCAGGGAUGUGGGGAGUCUGGGCUUCCUUGCAUCUGGACUGCGGCAAAUUUGCCGCCGCCUCCCUCCACAACUCCCCCGCCCCUUUUCAAAGGACCAACAUUGAAUCAAUUAAAAAAAAGGAUCCUUCAGUCAUUUGCGAAUUUGCUCCUGUAUGUGAAGAGUUAUUCCCAGCCUAGGACUGUUAACUCUUGCAAAGUUUGCUUUUCAUACAUGGAUGCAGUUUUCCACAGGCUAUUCUCUGGUCACACACAUCCCCGCCGGAGCACGAGACAUCCAGAUCGUUGAACGGAAGAAAUCUGCUGAUGUUCUGGGUGUGUAUGGUGCCAGGGGCAGGAACGAAGCUGAAUGUUUAUAAUUUUAUAUUUCUGCGAAAACGAAACUGUUUGUCAAGUAGCUUAUUAGCCAAAUCGGUAUGUGAAAUUCUAGUCUCUUCCUGGCCUCUUUGGGUUCAACCUUCCUCCCCCCUCUUGAUUGCCUGUCUGUCCUCCUAGCUUCCAAAACAUAUUUGCCUGUGUGGUCUUUAUCUGCCAACAGUUAAAUGCCCUUCUGAUUCUGAGACCCCACGUUACAUUUUGCUUCGCCAACCCAACUUUCCCCUUCCCUCACAGUACUGGCACUGCAUGUCAGCCCUUUGCCAACUAUAUUGAGAAGUUGGGAUGUUUAUGAAGACCCCGGGUUCAGCAAAAAAAGUUUCCACCAGAGGCUUGCAAAUGUUAAUGAUAAGAUAGUUACUUCUUCAAGCUGACAAUCUGAAACACAUGACACAAAAGAAAAAGGCUUUGGGAGGGAGGAGGGUGUAAAGUAAAGUCAUACUUGCUUAGCACAUAGCAGAGAUUGAGGUGUCUUUAAGAUGACUUGUUCUAAGGCAUGGGUGGGAAUUCUUUGCCUCUGCUGACUUCUGCAGCUGUUGCGGAUGAAGCUGGCUACUACUUCUUCAAUGGGAACUACAGAGUGGACAGCCCCAAAAACUUCAACAUCGCAGGGACUGUUUUCAAGUACAGGAGACCAAUGGACAUUUAUGAAACUGGCAUUGAAUACAUUGUGGCCCAAGGGCCAACCAAUCAAGAUUUGAACAUCAUGGUAAGUGUGGUAAGCUUUUUCUUUGUACCUAGAGAUAGAUGGUCAAUUUAGGAACAAGCAAAAACAAGUCUAGAAGGGCUGGAAAAAUCUAGGGGUUAGAAUCUGGGGAAGUGCCACAGCUCAGUGAUAGAACACCUGCUUGGCAUGCAGAAGGUCCCAAGUUCAUUCCCCACGAGUAUCUCCAGUUAGGGUUGGGAGUGACCACUGUCUGAAACUGUGGGGAGCCUCAAUCAAGACAGCACUUGACAAUACCUAGCUAUCUGGACCCAAUGGUCUGACUCAGUAUAAGUCAGAGAACAUACCCACUGAAAUUAGUAGAGAUGACUAACUUAGGUCCAUUAAUUUCAAAGGGUCUAGCCUGAGAUUUAGUGAGAACCUGAGUGUGAUAGCCUGAGAACUUAGAUGGAUACAAGAUUGAGUUUCUCAUUUUUCCAGUCAUGCGUUCAGAACAUCCCAUUUCUAUAUCAGUUUGCAUUUUCCCCAGUCGGUGCAAAAUCCCUAGGCAUUUUCAUGCAUGUUUCUCCUAAACUUAUUUUUAAUGUAAUUUUGCUUGAUAUUUUUUCAAGCCAUUUCCUCUAAAAAAUGCAUGUUCUUAUGUUUGCUAUUCCUCCCCACUUCCAGGUCUGGAACCAAAACGGUAAAAACCCAUCUAUAACCUAUGAAUAUACCCUUCUGAGGAAGCCGCAUUCAAAAAACGUCCAGCCCAUUUAUUACACCUUCUCCGAGUCGGACAGUGGAGAAAGCAGAGAGAUUGAUGCAGAAGAGCCUCUGGGUUUUGUUCAGCACAAUGCAAGUUUCUUUGGAACCCUCUCCAAAGAGAAGAUCCAUCUGGAGAAUCAGGUGUUUGGAAGGAAGGACACCAUUGAAGACCUAGACUUGAGCAAAAUCCAAGAGACGAAUGAAGUCUAUGAAAGAACAGAGAGCAAUGACUGCGACCCAACUCUGAAGGGCAAACAGGCCAAAGGUGAGGUGAACCUCAGGUCUUCACACCAGCUGUAGUUCAUUCAUUGCUAGGGCAGUGACUGUUCAUGAUGCAAACUCUUGGCCUACAGAUUAAUAUGCUUCCUUCACUAUUUUAGCUAGAGUUCUAAAACAACAACAUACAUCUCAAAAAUUUGUACAAGCUGGAUGGAAUUGACUUCAGAAAUUCUCCUGUAAUGCUGAACAUUCGCCACCUGGUAGACACUGAAUAUUUCGUUAUUCAUUCACUGUUCAUGAAGUACUUAAUAUAGCUAUAUUUGACAUAAAAAGAUGCUCAACUUCAAUAUUUGACUUCAUCACUGACAUGCAAUAGUAUCUGGGGUCUGACAGGGAGGGCUUAUAAGAUUUCAAAUUGUUAUCUGGCAAAAGCAAGGACACAGUCAAAUGAGAGCCAUUGUGGAGUAGUGGUUAGAGGCCUGGAAGACUAGGGUUCGAAUCCCUACUCAGCCAUGAAGCUCACUGGGUGACCUUGGACCAGUCACUCAAUCUCAGACUAUCCUACCUCAUGGGGUUUUUGUGCAAAUCAAAUGAGGAGGGGGAGAACCAUGGAUGCCACCUUGAGCUUUUUGGAAGGAGGGAUGUAAAUGAAAUAAAUAAAUAAAUAAAUAAAUAAAUAAAUAAAUAAAUUCAAACUGCUCCAAAUUUGAAAUUUCCCAUACCAAAUCUGGCCAAAAUUUGAAAAACAAAUCUAUAAAUUUACAAAUCUCUUGAUUUCAUUUUCCUUCUCUUCCCCAGAUUCAAAUGCAACCCAAUCCAAUUACAUGGUGGAUGGAAUUGGGAGAGAUUUUGACUCCAGGCUUGCAUCCAAAGAAUUCCUUUCUGAAAAUGCUAUCACCCAUAAACUUUUGGAAAAGACAUCAGACUCAAAAGAAUCAGUCCAGAACAAGACGGCAAACAGCAUCUUUUCCCCAAGGGACCCAGUUAACUCUGUUGGUUCUCACAUGGACAGCCUUUAUGUUGAUUAUGAUGACGGUGAUGAUAUGAUCGCUUAUGCCGUCAACAGCAGCUUCCUAGAGCUGAGCAGUGACAAAACCAUCAACACAUCUUCAGAGACUCAGUUUCCAAAUGCCACCAUCUUGGUCACUAGUCCUCAAGGGAACAGAACCCACAAAACAAGGUAAGAGGCCUGGAGGUGUUCCUUUGCAACUGAGAUUUGAUCUACUAUAUUUCAACCACUGGAGACAUUGGGUUGUAUCCAAUGUUAAUCCUACUCAGAGUAGAACCCAUUGGAAAUCGCUGCAUGUGACCAACUUAGGCACAUUAAUGCCAAUAGGUCUACUCUGAGUACAACUUUGCUGGAUCAAAACACAUUGCCCUUCCUUUAAACAGGCGUGUUGGUUCUGAUUGUGGCUACUUGGUGUCAAAGGAAGAUCCUCUACCCAUGCUGAGUGGUACACUGCAUUGAUAGUUGGAUCGACCAAAAUGGCUUUAUUGUUAAGUUUAGACUUAAGCAAGGAGAAACAGUCUAGACUAGGUUUACAUGGGCAUGUUUUUCUGUGUUAUUUUUGACAUCCUCCCGGUUCUUACGUCAGUGGGGAGAGGAGAAAUUCACAUUUUGAUGGGACUGCCCCAAAUCCAUAGUUUCCAAAACAAUCGACCAGCUGAACCUCAGCUCUCCUUCAAAAUUCUCCCAUCUCCAAACUUUGCCACACAGUUUUUCAACCAACCAACCAACACAAACUCAAAAAUGCUACAUUGAGGGAGGGAGUUUGCUUAAAAAAUGUGUAUAGUCAUGAAAAUAGCAUUUAAUAUGUGAGGGGAAAUUCCGUACAAAGCAAUAAAAGCACAGAUUGAUGGAGAAAUUUGGCAAGCUAAACUUACAGUUGGAAAAACAGGAAUCCAAACUGAUGGACUCUGCUCAUCCCCACUGAUACGGUUAACUAGCCAAACCAUUUUAAAAUAUCUCCCUCCCCCACACCCAGCUCCUAGGAAUGUCAUUGCAAUAUCUGUUCGGUUGGUGCUUAAAAAAAAAAAAAAAACUUUAAUAACAACAAAAUAUGCUCUUGGUUUAACUUUGGUCUGGUGCCUUGAUUUCCACCCCGUGCCUAAUAAUUACCAUACCACAAUUCCCAGUCUGGUGAGUUAGCUGGGAGAAAGGCUGUUUUAGUGAAUGCAGCUCAGAUUACUAGGAACUUUCGCUUGGUGUAUGUGAUGAAGACCACAGGACGGGCUGAGUUGCUUGCUUUGCUCACUUCUCUUCCUUCUGUCGGUGUCGGCUAAGCUUCUCCCACCUGGUACCCUCCAGAUGGUUUAGACUGCAACUCCUAUCAGUUCCCAGGGCUAUUUCAAGACAUAUGGAGGGCACCAGGUGGGCAAAGGCUGGCAUUCUGUCGGCACAGGCAGCCCAAGAAAUGACAGUGAACUCAAUUACAGAGCUGCAGGCAUUUAAGUGUUAGAUUAAUCAGCUCACAGCAGUCAACUAAUCAACCAACGUGGCACAAACCUAUACAAAUACCUACUUAGACACUUCAGUUGAUUGCUUAGAAGACAGGUGUUUCAUUCCCACGAUUAAGAAGUAAGAGUACUAGCUUUUUCUCCUUUUUUUUGGUGGAAAUAUUUGAGAUCUGCUGGUAGUACUAGGGAAUGAGAAAAGGAGGCCUCCUUCGGUUAUUUCUUCUUCUUCUAAAAACGAAGGGUCAUUUUUUGCUUAUUAAAGACAAAUACUCUGCCUCAUUUCCUUUAGUGUCUCAGAGAGUCGCCCCCAUGCAGGGUUUGAAGAUGGUCCAACUGUGUUGCUACUCUUCAAUUGUUAAAUAGGUUAAUCACAAACCUUUUAACAGAUUGACUUUAAAAAAACAACUGUAAUGGUUUAAGUAGCAAAAUACAGUGGUACCUCGGGUUACAUACGCUUCAGGUUACAUACGCUUCAGGUUACAGACUCUGCUAACCCCGAAAUAGUACUUCAGGUUAUGAACUUUGCUUCAGGAUGAGAACAGAAAUCAUGCUCCGGCGGCGUGACGGCAGCAGGAGGCCCCAUUAGCUAAAGUGGUGCUUCAGGUUAAGAACAGUUUCAGGUUAAGAACGGACCUCCGUAACGAAUUAAGUACGUAACCAGAGGCACCACUGUAUAUGUAGAUUUAUUUGGAAAUAAGCCCCACAGAGUUAAGUGUGGCUUACCCCCAACUCAGUGCACCUCCAAAAGAUUUUUUGUUGAUGUCUAGAUACAUAACAACCCAUAAUACCCCUUGGGAAACAACACCUCUGUCCUUUUCUCUUUAUCAUUUGUACAUUCAUAAAAUAGACCAAAAUGGGCCAGGUCAGAGCUUCUUCUAUCCAGAAAUGAUGACAGGCAACAUGAUUUGACAAUUCAGAGACAGCUGAGUUUUCUCCAUACUGUAUUCUCAGUCCAUUUUGCAAAAAGACAGCAAUUCUGUUUGGUUUUUUAAAAAAAUGAAUUACAAAUGUAGUUUUCAACGCAUACUUAUUGUACACAGGGACAUAGGAUCGUGGGCUCAUCUGUCACUAUGGGAGGGAGGGAUAUAAAUCAAAUUAUUACCAUUCUAUUCUUCUUCUUCCUUCUACUGGAUAUUGUCCCCUUCAGUUUCAGUAGCAUAUUAUUAUUAUUAAUAGUAAUAAUUAAUUAGCAUAUUAAUAAUAUUAACAACAACAACAACAACAAAUUUAAUUUAUACCCCGCUCUCCCCUGCCAAAACCGGGCUCAGAGUGGCUAACAUCAAAUAUAUGACAUAUUACCAUAAAAUCAAACAAUCAAUUAAAAUACAUCUUAAAAUCAAGUCAGAAUCAAAGUGAAAUCCAAUCGUAUGGCAACUCGCAAAGUAGGAAUGAGGACCUUAAAUGCUCACCAGGCCUAACUGUUUAUAUUGAUCUUAUAUGAGCCUGUGAGAAAGGUUGGGGGGCCACUUUCAUGCAAAUUCUUAUAAGGAGAGAGGGGAAGUCAGACUGGACCCUGACCAAAGGCCUGGUGGAACAGCUCUGUCUUGCAGGCCCUGUGGAAAGUUGUCAAAUCCCAUAGGGCCCUGGUCUCUUGUGACAGAGCAUUCCACUAGGCCAGGUCCACAGCUGAAAAGGCCUUGGCCCUGGUCAAGGCCAGUCUAAUUUCCUGAUAAGAAAUACAUUGGAAAACAAAAAGAAACAACUCCUAGCAGGGGUUGAUUUAUUACCUAGAAUACAACUCCUUUAUGAUUGUGGGACAUCCAGAAAGUAGAAAACAAUGCAGCAACGUAAGAACACGAAUUAUUCCCAAAAUGUAAUAAUAAACAAGCUUCUUCCAUAUGUAGGUUAAGCAUGUAUACAUGUAUGCAUAUUGGAAUUGGAAAGCUUUUCACCAACAUGUAGGCUGAGGGACAUUUUCAUCUCUAGUCUGUGAAACCGAGAUGCAGAUAGCUAGCCACAUAUUGUCAACAAACUCCCCCCCCUCUUUUUUUUUUCUUUUUUUGAGGUUUGCUUGGGCCUGCUACUGGUGUGGAAUUAAAUGAGUCUUCUGCAGCACCGUCUAUCCAUAUUCUGCAAUAUAUCUAUCUCUAUAUCUAGUCUGAAAUGUCUAAAUGUUUCUUUGUCCUUGAAUCAUCCCACCACACUUGCCAUCCUCUUCUGACACCCCAGUGCGGUGUAGCACUGCUCUAACCACUACACCACGCUGACUCUGAACACAGGCUUAUUCUAGCAAUCAUUCAUUACACAAGCAGCAAGUUAAACCCAGAGAAAGGGUUGCAUUCUGAUUAUAAUUCUAGAACUUUUCUAACUUUUCUAUUCCAUUUUCUAACGUUCCUUUCAUGCCACACUACCUGUUACUUUAUGGAACUGUGCCUUUUUCGACUGACAUCUUGGCACUGUAGGGUUGGCAGGAAUCUCAGGGUUCAUCUAGUCCAGCCCUGUGCAAUGCAUGUCACGCUGGAUUUCAUUCUCACCAAUGGGUGUGGUGUGAUGUAACAACAAACUUUCAGUGGCACUCCCCUGUCCUUUCUGCACACACUUGCCUUUGUCCCCCCACGAAUAUCCUAUGAAAACAACAGGAAAGCACUCUAAUCUGGUAUAAAUACCCAAAUUCCUUCACUUUACUCCUGCAAUUUUCCAGGCUAAGGGUACUUACUGAAAACUGAUUCUUUUUAUUCCUUUUUUUAAACCUAGAAUCAAAUCAUACAGAAACAAGUGCUAAACAUGAGUUCUAGAUUUCCAGAAGUGGCUUUUAUGUCCUAUGAAAGCUUAAAUAUACAGUCAUACCUCAUGUUGCGUCUGCUUCAGGUUGCGGUUUUUUGGGUUGUGUACUGCCAAAACACGGAAGUUUCCGGAAGUAACCAGAAUGGGUUACUUCCAGGUUUCGGCAGUCGUGCAUGCGCAGAAGCUCUAAAUUGCGCUUUGCACAUGUGCAGAAGCACCAAAUCGCAACUGCACAUGCGCAGACGCAGGUUGCGAACGCUGCAGGUUGCGAACGUGCAUCCCGCACGGAUCACAUUCGCAACCCGAGCGUCCACUGUAAUGCGGAAAUUAACAGGGAAAUGGAAUAACCUACCAUGCGAAGGCAACCAUAGUUUAGAACCUUAUUAUGAUAUCACUGUUUUUCCUUGAAGAUUCAGGACAGAUAAAAGAAAGUAAGGAACUCCCUCCCACAGGAGGCAGUGAUUGCAGCCAGAGAGAGAGAAAUGUUUUUGAGGCAUAGCCAUGCAUGGUCUCACCCAAAGAGGAGGGGAAGAUGGAUGUUACCUCCUGGGCCUUUCUGAAAGGUUUGACACUGGUGCCAAGACUUCCUGGCCACUUUAUAGUACAGCAUACCUGGUUCUGUUCCAUGCCAAGGACUCAAACCGCACCUUUUUGGACCCUCUGUGUCUAGUGAUCAGGGGUAUUGGAUUGAGUGCAAACUAUCUGAUAUAUUUAUAUACAUAUAUUUGUCAUUGAAAACUUGAACUGUUUCUCUUUGUGGGUGUUUUUAUCCCAUUCUCUCUAUUUCUAGACAGUUGAAGCUCUGCCUCUAA